AUGCGCCGCCGAGCCACCAUCACGCCUAGGCAUUUACAGGAAGGCUUCGGCAGCGUAGUCACCAACCGAUUCGAUCAGCUAUUUGACAACGAAUCGGACCCCUUCGAGGUGUUGAAGGCAGCAGAAAUCAAGAAAAAAGAAGCCGGCGGGAGCGGUGUUGGGGGCCCUGGGGCCAAGAGUGCAGCUCAGGCCGCGGCCCAGACCAACUCCAAUGCAGCAGGCAAACAGCUGCGUAAAGAGUCCCAGAAAGAUCGCAAAAACCCACUGCCGUCCAACGUUGGCAUGGCUGACAAGAAAGAGGACACGCAGCCGCCAGUGGCGCUUAAGAAAGAAGGAAUAAGACAUGUUGGAAGAAGACCUGAUCAACAACUUCAGGGCGAAGGGAAAAUAAUUGAUAGGAGACCAGAAAGACGACCACCUCGUGAACGACGAUUUGAAAAGCCACCUGAAGAAAAGGGUGAAGGAGGAGAAUUCUCAGUUGAUAGACCAAUUAUUGACCGACCUAUCCGAGGCUGUGGUGGUCUUGGAAGAGGUCGAGGAGGCUGAGGAUGUGGAAUGGGCCGAGGAGAUGGAUUUGAUUCUUGUGGCAAACAAGAAUUUGAUAGGCAUAGUGGAAGUGAUAGAUCUUCUUUUUCACAUUAUAGUGGCCUGAAGCACGAGGACAAAUGUGGAGAUAGUGGAUCUCAUAACUGGGGAACUGUCAAAGAUGAAUUAACUGACUUGGAGCAAUCAAAUGUGACUGAGGAAACACCUGAAGGUGAAGAACAUCCAGUUGUGGACACUGAAAAUAAAGAAAACAAAGUUGAAGAAGUAAAGGAAGAGGGUCCAAAAGAAAUGACUUUGGAUGAGUGGAAGGCUAUUCAAAAUAAGGACCAGGCAAAAGUAGAAUUUAAUAUCAGAAAACCAAAUGAAGGUGCUGAUGGGCAGCAGAAGAAGGGAUUUGUUCUUCAUAAGUCAAAGAGUGAAGAGGCUCAUGCUGAAGAUUCGGUUAUGGACCAUCAUUUCCGGAAGCCAGCAAAUGAUAUAACUUCUCAGCUGGAGAUCAAUUUUGGAGACCUUGGCCACCCAGGACGUGGUGGCAGGGGAGGACAAGGUGGCCGUGGACGUGGUGGACGUCCAAACUGUGGCAGCAGGACUGACAAGUCAAGUGCUUCUGCUCCUGAUAUAGAUGACCCAGAGGCAUUCCCAGCUCUGGCUUAACUGGAUGCCAUAAGACAACCCUGGUUCCUUUGUGGACCCUAAUUCUCUGAGGUUUUGUAUGCUUAAGGAUCCCAACCAAGAAGUUUAAAAAAAAAAAAAGACUGUCAUUCAUACCAUUCACACCUACAGACUGAAUUUUAUCUGUUUUGAAAAUGAACUUCUCUUGCUACAUGGAAGUAACAAUAUGGUAGUCAGUUUUGUAUUUAGAAAUGUAUUGGUAGCAGGGAUGUUUUCAUAAUUUUCAGAGAUUAUGCAUUCUUCAUGAAAAUUUUGUAUUGCUGCUUGCAAAUAUGCAUUUCCAAACUUGAAAUAUAGGUGUGAACAUGUGUACCAGUUUAAAGCUUUCACUUCAUUUGUAUUUUUUAAUUAAGAAUUUAGAUGUUCCCCCAGUUACAGACUGGUUUUAAAUAUUGGACAUAAUAACAGUUUUAGUACCUGCUUUGCAUUUACACACAUGGUCAACUGGGACAUGUAAACUCUUGAUUGUUAAAAUUUAUGCUGUGUGGAAUACUAAUGACUAUGUAUUUUAACUUAGUUUUAAUAUUUUCAUUUCUGGGGAAAUCUUUUUUCACUUCUCAUGAUUGCUGUUAUAUGCUAAAUCUUUAUAUACAGAAAUAUGACUUGAACAAAUUCAAAGCACAUUGGUUUAUUAAUCCUUCUUCUUGCAUGGUUCAUUAGGUUCAAAUUAUAAUUGACAAUUGGAACUAUA